AUGGCAUCCCUCAAGCGAGAGUUUGGGGGAUACGGCCUACCUGCAAACCCAUCCGAUGGCGUUCGAUCACGGAGGCUGCAGGCUCCCGCUGCAGGAGGUCUACCCCGACCCGUCAACUCAAAUGCAGCCCGGGAAGCAGUUUCGACAAAGCCAGAACUACCCAAGCAACAUCAUUCCAGAAUACCAAGUAGGUCGAUACGCGCACCAGGCAGAUCUGAAUCGGGACUGCCAGUCCCAACCUCGCCCCCGCAGAACCAUGAGCCUAGGCGAAUGCCCUCCAUCAGCGUUUCUGGUUCCUCAUCCUCGCGAAGUCGUACGCAAGGCAGCCUUGAUUCGUCCUCUUCAGGCGUCUCUUAUGAAAGCAGCUUGAAAAGUGCUGGAGAGCUAUCAACGAGGCGAAGGUCAAUCACGUCUCGCAACGCAAUAGUUCCCGACGAAGGCCGUCGGGUUUCGGCAUCGCCCAAAAGACAAUCGAUGGCAUCGAUUGAUGAAGCGCUUGAUAUUUAUCUUGACAUUGGUACAAAGUCGGCAAAGCCAGACGCAGCUGUCACGAAGAAGUCGCCAGACUUGAGUUUUCCGGCUCCAAAAGCCCCAUUCCUCUAUCCUGAGCUGGAUCGUUAUCGCAACCAUGAACAGCAAUCCUCACUCGGGGGCCGCAAGGCUUCCACAGAUGGUCUGUACAAACUGUCGACCCAUGACCUACCACCUCCGACUCCUUCUAGCGCAGUCUUCUCGGGAAGCAGUUCGCAGUUGAGUAUGACCAGUGCCAGUCCGUCAACGAAAUUCUCGGCCUCUCCUGGACCCGGUCCCUACAGCCGCGACACGACACCAACCUCAAUCUCGUCCCAAUCGCCCGGUUUGAUCGCACCAAGCCGCCCCAGCUACUACACAAAGCCAAAGCAAACAAGCCCAGCGUUUUCUAGACCCCCCGUUACCCGUCGACGGGCUGGUAGCAUCUCUCAGGACACAGAUUUGCUAGCUACCGACCCUCGGGGGCUAGAUGCUGUCCGGGAAUCGGUUACUUCCUCGUCAUCAAGCUCAACAGUCAGGGAGGGCGGUCGAAGCACACCAAAAAAGCGUCCAGGCAAGCUUGGAACAGCCCCUCCUAACCCGCCACCAAGAAAAUCAUCCCAAAAAUUCCAGAGGGCCAGGGAAGACUCCACGACGGAUGAAGAAAGGGUACCCGACAUCAACAUCAGAGGAAGAGCUGCAACCUCUUCCCCGCAACGCCCGCCAAUACCACUUCGCCCCAGUCGCAGAGGAACACCAGACCUGAAAUCGCAAUUGUUCGACCCCAUCCCAGUCAUUCAGAGCAACCUACGGGGUAGCAGACCCAGCUUGGGUGACGGAAGGGGCAGUGCAUCUACGAGCCACUCUCGCAAAUCAUCCUCCCCUACCAAGCCCGCAAAGAAUUCAUCGAUAUCUCACCUUCCAGUUGAUUUGGGCAGCGUCCUAGCAUCAAAGGAAACCACGACAUUGUCCAGGCCACAAACAGCCAAGUCCACUUCGAGCGCCAAAUCCUCGUCAACUAGCCGCUUCAACUUCUUUGGGCGCCGGAAAACAAGCGAAGAUCAAACAGACAAGAAAGAAUCACAAAAGCUUGCGAGAAAAGGCCCAGUGGCCGGCACAGGCCACGAGGGCUAUGGCAAGAUUGGGGCUGUACGUCGCCGGAGUGGUGGCGCAAGUCACACUUACAACUACUCCGGGCCACAAGUCUCGCAAGAAACAAACCCAAGUGACGACGACUUAUUCUUUGCUGAACGCAUGAAUCCAGUCAUUAUUUCGGGCGGUGGAGUGGUAGACAGGAACAAAAGCUUCGACUCGUUGCCGACGGACAACAAUACUGGUCAACCGUUACGCAAGGAGAGCACCGAGCAAUCAACUAAACUUCAACCCUCUCUGCUGCCAUACAGGGAACGGCGUUUCUACAACAGCAGCGACUCGGAGGAUGGAACCGAACGACCGACCCUGGCUCUUCGACGCUCUGUCCAGAGAUUACAAAUUGCGCCCGAUAGUCCCCUCCGUCUCCCGCAACCGAUCAAUACAUCAGGUGCAUCGGCAUCGCCGCUUACAAGCUUCGAUACAAGCAUUCUGUCGGAUGACUCUCAUCUGGAGCUUCACAGAGAUGUCUCCCAAGGCUCUGCCAUUUCGCAACUGGUUCCUCGCAAGUUACAGAAGAAGCAACGAUCUCCGCGAAAGUGGAAUUUCUUCGGACGGAGUAAGAAUAUCCCUGAACCUGACAGGGUCUCGAGCGCUACUGUUGCUGCAACCGUAACAACAGUGGAAGUCGACAAGCGCACCGUGCCCUUUUAUGCGAUCAUAGACCCUUCUGAACAUGGAGAUGCCGAAGAUUUCAAAGUUCAUGACGUUUUGUAUGCUGCGAAUGUUUUACCACAGCACAUGACGUCCACAUCCUUCGAGAUUCAGCGACCAUCGCCCGUUCUUGACAGCGCCAUGACUGCCAGCGCAUCGACACCUGCCCUGAAUGAGCAGGUCGUACCGAAAGCAACUCGCCGGCCGAGUCGACUACAGCAAGUUGGGCGCAUUCCUAAAGUUGCUUCUCGCUUUCACAACCCUACUUCUCCUAGAAGUUUUUCCCGGCCCUUCGGAACAAGUAUGCAGCAGCAGACUGGCUCCCCAGAUCUAAGUGAACCUGAGAGAAGCACCCACGGCCCUAAUCCGCUGUUUUCAAUGGCAGCUUCCGGACUGUCUCCAGAUCAGUCGACGCUCGGAAGUACAACUACGCAGACUGUCUCGCAGGAGUCUCGCAACAGUGGCAUCAUUGAAGACACACCGCCGACGGAGUUUUUGUCGUUUUCGCCGAGGAAGUUCUCUGUCGGGACAGCCUGCACAAGCUCUAGUUCAUCCGGCUUCUGUUAUGCUGGAGCUACAGCCAUUAUCCCCAAGCCAGAGGACCCCCCGGCUGAAGAUGAAAUCUGGGACGAAUACAAUGACUUACUGGGAGACGAUGCGGAGCGUCUGAGGCGAUCUACAACGUCUUCCAAGGGGACACCAUUUUACCUUGAAAACUACCAGAAUAGGCUUGGCAAACAACUCAACCUGGAAUCCCCGGUAGUCGCUGAGAGAAAGGUUUCUAUGCUCUCUGAACUGUCGCGAUCAAGCUACUGCAGCGCCGACAUGACAGAAAGACUCAAGGCAGCAUUUCAACCACACCAAUCUUCCCUAGGUACCGGUGACGAAAGCAUUUGGAUGAAGCGAAAGAGCGCCGAAACAGCUGGAUCGCGACGUCACAGCUCUGUUUCCUCCAAGACUCGGUUUUCCGGUAGCAGCUCCAGUUCUUUCGACUACAGUUCGCCCUUGGCACAAGUCAACCUCCGCGUUGGCUCUAUGACUGUCAGCAAGUGGCUUACAUUUGGACACGUUUUGUUCAGCGACAUCCGUCACGAGCUCAUCGCAGACAAGUCCGACCCUUCUUCUCCCGCCUCUCGCCACUCCAUCUUGGUCAUUGAUGGACUUGGGAACGACGACUGGUCCUUUUACGUUGCUGAGACAUACCCCAAGACCAACUUCUACAACCUCUCCCCGCGGGCCCCUCUGGGUGAGAAUACCAAAAAGACUGACUCGAACGCUCUCCUAAGUCCGCCCAAUCAUCACCAAGUCCAGUACAUUGAUCACCUUGGCAAGUUUCCCUUUGCUCCCCAGAGCUUUGACUCGGUCGUGUACCGCUUCCCGGUCGCGGCGCCCGAGUCGCACUACCGCAACAUCAUUGCCGAGUCUCGUCGCGUGUUAAAGUCGGGCGGGUACCUAGAGCUUGCGAUUCUCGACCUCGACCUGAACAACAUGGGCAAUCGAGGCCGUCGCACCAUGCGUCACCUGAAGGAGAUGAUUCACGAGCAGUCGCCUGGUACGAGCCUCGCGUCGGCUGCCGACAUUCUCGUCAAGUUGCUCGGCCGGGGCGGCUUCUCGAGUAUCCGGGCCGCCAAGGUCGGCGUGCCCGUGGCGAGCUCCAUAGUUCAGCCACGGAGCAGCGGUGGCGGCUCCUCAGGCAAGAAACCGGCGCAGGCGCCGGCAAGCCUCUCGGACAUGAUGAAGGAGAAUGGCCCGGCCGCGGAUGCCAACAUUACGAAGAUGGUGACGCGCGUGGGCCGCUGGUGGUACACGCGCUGCUACGAGAAUGCAGCGGGCGGCGCCAGGGAUGGGCGCAAGAGCAUCUGGGACGACAAAGCGCUCUUGAAUGAGUGCCAGGAGCUGGGCACCAGCCUGAAGCUGACAGUCUGCUGCGCUCGUGCCCCGGACCGAGUGACCAGCCUGUAG